AUGGCACCCAAGGGAAAGUCGUCCGCGACAUCUGCUACGCGCAAGAAGCAUGCUCGCAAGGCUGCCUCCACACAGGGCGUCGUGGAAGAGCCCCAGGUACCCAAGGAGAAGAAGCCCAAAGGCAAGGAUAAGAAGAGCAAGAAGGAGCCUCGCAAGAAGGUCUAUGUCCCCCCUGUAAAACCCGCUCCAAUCGUUCCAGAUCCUCUUGAUACUCUUGGGCUCGCGCAGAGGCUCCCUGCGGAACUCGUCGUGGUGCUGCGCCUCCUCGCGAAGAAGGAUGCUACCACGAAACGACGCGCUCUCGAAGAUAUGCAGACCGCUUGGAUUGGCCGAGCGAAGAAGGGCGAAGAGGGCGAGUACCUUGUCUACACCUUACAGGAGAUCAUUCCGGUCUGGCUACACCACAUCCCAGCCCUCUUCCUGCACCCCUCCAGACGGAUCAGACUCCAGGCCAUCGCCCUCCACUCCUCCUUCCUCGAGAUUCCAAACCUACGCACCCAGAUCUUCUUCCAGAUCCGUGAAGCUAUCUCGUCCGACCAAGCAGAAUCUAUCCUAGGCUCGUGGUGCCUCGCCGUGCACGACGUCGACCGCCAGGUCUCCUCCUUUGCGCGCGAGUCCUGGCUCCGGUACGUCACCGCCGCCUCCCCCUCCGACGACAAGCUCGCCCUCGGCGCGACGCUCCUCCCGCGCCUCUGGGACUUCGUCCAGCGCACACUCCUCGACCCCUCGGGAGUCUACCUCUACAUUAACCCCCCACAACCCAUGCUGCCAGUCCGAGCCCAAGGCGGAAAGAAGGGCAGCGGGCGCGGUACCCCAGUACGGCGCGACGGGGACGCGAGCCCGAGCCCGAGCCCGAGCCCGCGCGCGAAGGCGGACGAGGACGAGGAGAACGAACAGGAUAGGAAGGCGCGCCUGCGCGUGGGUGCCUUCGGGGCGACCGAGUGGGUUUUGAAUGCAAAAUACACCGCUGCCGCUGCUCCGAGCAAGACGGACGAGAGGGCGGAGGCGAAGACGACGGCGAGUGUGAAUGAGGCUGAAGAGAAGGAGGACGCGUUCUUCGAGCCUCUUGCGAAUCCAGCUCUGUGGUCGUCUCUGUACUAUGGAAAGGUACCACCAUUCGUCGACUCUGAGAGCUUCGGCUUCGAGCAGCCCGUGGUAAGACGAUCGGCGUGGUCGUUGCUCCAGACGUUAGUCCAGAAGUGCAAGGCUCAACUCGAGAGCCUCGUCCCCGUCCUGAGCAGCGCUAUCCUCAGGUCUGCCUGGGUCGAACCCGAUCCGAACGUCAGAGCUGCGAUGUGGCAACCGCUGCUCGUCUUCCUCAAGGAACACCCAAAUGCUUGGACGCUGGAAGCGGAGGCCGAGAAGGAGGAUGAGGAAGAGUCAGGCUCCGACAGUGAUGGCGAAGCCUCGAAGCCUCCUCUAAAACCAUCCACGUCUCCGACUGGCCCAUCGCAAGCGUACACGGAGUUCCUGCAGUUCCUCGCCACCGGGUGCUCCGGGUCUCCUGCACAGGGGUACCCUACUGUCCUCAUCAUCUUAUCCACAAUUCCAUCUUCGAUCGUUUCGCCCUCUUCUGAACGUCCACUUGAGGAUCUCUUCGUGUCCUUCUGGGCCGCGGUCGAUGCCCGCGUGCUGAACUCGCUCGACCGCGUAGCCGCAUCCACAGCGUUCUUCGCAUCCGUCUUGGAAUCCCUGGUGUUCGUCGUCCGUCGUGUCGUGUCGGCUCCAGCAGACGAAGCCAUUUCUCUCAUCCACGGCACGGCCGCGGAAAGCCAAUCUCCGAACGUCGACGCCGCCGUGAAGACGCUCAUCCAGGACCAGAUCAAGCGCGCCUGGCAAGAGCUGUCCUCCGGGAGGCUCAAGGUCAAGGGGGCGAGCGCCGGGACGGAGCUGGCGAAGACUUUCGCGGCUUUGUACAGGCUUCGCGCAGACUUGUUCGAGGCCGGAUGGAGGGUCGUCGCUGGGGCGAUCGAGAACUCCGUCAAGUCCGCCGCGGAGGCGGUCCCUGCGCUUGUGCCCGAACUCCUGCAGCAGUUCGUCGCCUCGCUGGAGAGGGGGACUGCGCCUGCAGAUGCUGCGAACGAUCUUUUGCUGCUUGUGGUGAGGACGACGCUCGAGGAGUGCGCGGCGCUGUUGCAGGCGGACGAGGCGCAGGACGCGCGUGUGGCGUCCCUUGUUGGAAUUCUCGAGAGGUUCGGCGAGCUUGUCUUCGCGGACGACCAGAUGGCGAAGGACGUAGACGGAUUGGUUCAGUCUCAGACAGACCGCCUCCUCACAGCGAUGCCAUCCCUGCUGCUCCUCUACCUCAAGUUCCGCAAAGAUGAAGUGGUCGCGUCGACAGUCUGGCACCGUGUGCUCGAGACUGUUGGGCGUAGCCCUGAGGAGCUCGACUCGACGCUCCCCGCGCUUCUGGAUGCAGCGGAGAGUAAGCGGCUUCCCGACUACCUGAGACCACAAGGAGAGGCGCUCCACGACGCGGCCGCCCACAUGCUCUCCGAGGCGCUCGCUGGUCCCCAGGGUGCGACUUCCACAUCGCUGAUCGGGAGGCUUCUGGUCAACUACCAGCCCUUCAUCUCUCGAAGCUGCCGUGAGGGUCUUCUGCACAGCCUCGUGGACUCGUUCAGACUCCACUUCGACGACGUCUUGCACGAGAACAAGUCUUCUGUGGACGCGUUCAACAUUCCUCUGAGCCUACUUCACGACCUCAUUGAGCGUGACCCGUCCGCGAGCGCAAUUGAGAGCUUCGCGUCCUCGCUCUUCCCGUAUGCGUUCUUGCUCGCCUUUCUACUUCCACAAGUCCUCCCGGUGGACGCCAAGCAACAAGCUCUCGCUAAGGGACUCUGGCAGAAGUGGGUCCACAUCGGCUCUGCGGAGGCGAAGGGCACUACGUUGUCUGUCAUCAAACAUCUGCUGCGUGAACUGCUCAUUGACAGCUCCAAUAAAGCCACGCCAGAGCAUGUCUUGCGUACUCUGUCUGCCUCUUCGUUCGGCUCAAAGGUCGACGUGCUAUCGGAUAUAUUCCCAUCCAGGGCGGAGCUAGACAGCAUGUUGGAAGCGCUACCCUCUACCCCUCUGGAUCCGAGUUUGGCGGUCGUGGACCCUCUCGUACCACCAUCGGUGCAAUACCGCUCAAUCAAAGUUACAGCGAGCGAGUUCGAUACGCAGGGCCUCGCGAAGUACGCGCGCACCGUGCACGGGCUGUUGCUUUACCUCGUAGACGAGCGGCAGACAGCGAAGGAGAGCAUGUGGGCGCUGCACCAUAUCCUUGCGCUCGCGAUCUACGCGGAGGAGAGCAGUUACCUGCCUGGUGCGCAGAGCCCGGUGUUCGCCAAGACCGUCGCUCGCGCUACAUUGCAGAGCAUAUUGGACAGAGUGCAGCAGCUCGCGGCGUACCUUCUUUCCUCGGCCACGGACGAGAAGUGGCACUCCAGCGUGACGAAUGCGCUCGUGAACCAGGGUCCGGCGACGGGUCUUGAGGGGGUCGGCCAGCUUGUUGUUGACUUGGUCGGCCGUGCGACGCGUCGUGACACGGUCCGCGAGUCGCGUGUCCUUCAUAUGAUCCUCCGGCACGCUCUCAGUACCGCAACGAAGGCAGACUCGGAGCAAUGGAUGCUUGUCGCCAGGAAGAUUGAGAAGUUGGCUCCUCAUACAUCCCUCGCAAUCAUCUUCUCCAUCACCCGCUAUGCGCCAGAGCCGACGCGGCUGGAACGGUUCCGCAACGAGCUCGCAGCGGGCACGUUGGGCAUCCCAGCUUCAAAGGCGAACACCGAGGGGCUCUGGCUCCUCCGCAACCUCGCAGCGUCCGCGCCCGACCCGGACUCCGACGUGGUCUUCCUUCCACAGCAGCGUGCGAUCAACCUCAUUAAAGCCUGCCAGCAGUGGAUCACAUCAGACGAGGACCUGGAAGAGGACGUGCAGAGCGAGAUGACGCUGGUGUUUGCGAGCCUGGUGCCGAUCCUGUCCAACGUGCCGGGCGGGCACUGGGAUCUUGUGUUCGAUGUGGUGGAGAACAAUCUCGAGAACUCGACAUUGGAUGAUCCAUCCACCUAUGUCACCCUCAGCAGGACGCUCCAGUUGUUCAUGAUCAUCGAGGACUUCGCAUCCUCGAAUAAGGCGCUCAAAGCGAUAUGGGAUGAGAGGAGAUCAGCCAUUCUCACCCUGAUCCGAGAUCUCGUUUCGCUCAAGCUGGAGAGUUCAACUUUAUCAACGCCGUUGUCGAUGUGCCGGGAGCUCGCCCUUCAAAUUGUGCAAGAUCUUCCUCCCUCUCUUCUCACCCGAGAUACGCUCCCGAAGAUGUGUCACCUCGUCACAGACGGCUCCAUCGACGUGCAACGGAUGGCAUACCAGCUCCUGCAGGAAGCAGCGAAGAAGUACACGGAAGAGCUUGUCAUCGAGGCUGCUGUCGACACCGAAGAUGCUGUGAAACCAGAACUUCCUACUGAGUUGCUGAAUAUCUUGCAACACAGUCUGAAUCAGGAAGAAGGGGAGGAGUACGGAGAGGGCUGGUUCGGCCAAAUACUGGCUUGGAUGGUAACGUUUGAUCUGUUCCAUGGCGCCUCAAUGAAAGUGAAGUCGGGCUAUAUCGACCAACUCAAGGAUCUUGACCUCGUGGGCUCCAGACUUCUCCCAGUUGUCUUUGGCUUAUUGGACCUAUACGGAGGCAUGGCGAAAGCGUUCAAGCUCGAGAUCUGGGACGUAGACGAGUUCUAUCUCGACUAUUAUACCACUGAUACACCGAUCUCCCUCCGACUCCUCACCGCCCACCUCUAUUACCGCGCGCUGCUCCUCGUCCCAUCUCUCAUCCGCGCCUGGCUCAACGAUUGUCGCGACCGCCAGCUUCACACAACAGUUACAGCAUACACAUCGCGCCACUUCUCGCCGGCGAUUAUCCGUACCGAAUUAGAGCGCGUCAAGGACCCCAGCACGGCACAGGAACUUGUGAGCGAGAACGAGAACAUCACCAUCAAGGUCGCGAACGCCGUCAACGAAGUUACUGCCGCCUAUGCAGUCGACGAGCAGAAGCUCGAAUUGACCAUCAAGCUCCCAGCGGACUGGCCGCUUCACGCGGUCGACAUUCGAGACUCCAGGCUAGUGGGCGUCACGGAAGACCGAUGGAGAGCGUGGGUGCUGGGUGUACGGCAGAUCUUGACAUUCCGGAGUGGAAGCAUUGUCGACGGGCUGAGCUUCUUCCUGAAGAACGUCACGUCGCACUUCGCAGGCAUCGCUGAGUGUGCAAUCUGCUAUUCCAUCGUGAACCCCACCGACGGUAGCUUGCCACGCAAGCCUUGCAAGACUUGCAAGAACCGCUUCCAUGCAGCAUGUCUUUACAAGUGGUUCAACACGAGUCAUUCGUCAAGUUGCCCGCUUUGCCGUUCUGAAAUCAUGACAGGAAAAUGA